AUGUUAUCAAUGAAUUCUUCUGUUCUAAUAAUUAAAUCACCCCCCCCCUCAAAAGAAAUAAAUAUAUUCUCUAAUAAUAUGACCACUAAAAAGAUAAUCUAUAAAUACAACUUCUAUGUUGGUCAUCCAUCAUUAACUUUAUUACCCAACAAAGAAAUAAUUAAAGCAACAACAGAAUUAUUAACUCCCAAAGAAAGACCCUUCGAUAAAGAUCCAGAUAAUUUACAUCCUUUAAAUUAUGGUUCAGAUUUAGGUUCCAAGUGGGUUAGAUCAAAUAUUACUGAUCUGAUUAAUUCCUUUUACCAUAACACUAGUCUUACUAACCCUGAAUUUAUUAAUUUAACUAACGGUGCAAGUUAUGGCAUUCUCAAUAUCCUAGAAUUGACUGCCUGCCCAAUAUAUACCAAACAAGUUUUCAUUAUCUCACCUACUUAUUUCUUAAUCAAUGAUAUAUUUGUUGAUGCAGGUUAUUCUGGGAAAUUAUGUAGUAUUAAGGAAACGGAAGGUGGUAGUAGCAUUGAUUUUAAAAAAUUGUUGAAUAAAUUGGAAAUUUUGGAAUCCCAAGGAGUUGACAACAACAACAACAAUAAUAAUAAUGCCAACCAUAGGGGUACAAAAAUUGCUUCUGAUCAACAAAAACACAUAUAUAAAUACAUAAUGUAUUUGAUACCCACUUUCUCUAACCCUAGUGGUUCAACAUAUUCAACUGAAACAAGAAUAAAAUUAAUAGAGAUCGCACGUAAAUAUGAUAUGUUAAUUAUAAGUGAUGACGUAUAUGAUAUGUUGAAUUAUGAUACUGAUGCUACAAAAAUACCACCUAGAAUUGUUCAUUUAGAUCGAUUGACGAUCCAGAAUCACCAGAAAAACUCCACUUUUGGAAAUUCUAUUAGUAAUUGUACUUUUUCCAAACUAAUUGCACCAGGGUUACGUUGUGGAUACCAAGAAACUGCAACAUCCUUAUUAGCAACAUGUUUGUCUAAAGGUGGCGCUAAUCAUAGCGGUGGAUCUCCAUCUCAAUUGAACGCAAAUAUAAUCGGCACUUUAAUUACAAAUGGUGAUUUUCAAAAUAUAUUACAGAAUUUAAAACGCACAUAUAGCGAAAGAUGUGAUGUGAUGUAUAAAUCAAUAUUAAAGUACUUGCCACCGGGAACUUUAUAUAAUAAACAAUUGGGUGGGUAUUUUUCCUGGUGUGUAUUACCUGAUGAGUACAACUGUAAAGAAAUAUGCGAAAUAUGUAAAUAUGAAUUUGGUGUUUUAUUGGCUAAUGGUAAUGAUUUUGAAGUCUAUGGCGAUGAAAACAAAGAAGGUUGGGGUAAAAACAGUGUUAGAUUAAGUUGCAGUUAUUUGGAAAGUGAUGAAAUUGAGAACGGGAUCAGACUAUGGGGAGAAGCUUGUAAAAUGUAUAUAAAUUCUAAGCACAAAUAA